GUGGCAGGAGGAGGAGGAAAAGGAGGAGGAGAAGGUCGAGAGCACGACUCGGCGCGCAGUGUCCAGCCGCAGGACGUCUCCACGGAGCUGCGCUGGAGUCUCGGGCCAUUCUUUCUGCCGACAGGUGCGCACGAGACUGAUGUGACAGGAGCUGGUACGGUCUGUGGUGCCUGGUUGGUGUGAUCACUGACACAUGAGGACUGUCCGCGUGGACUCGAGAAGAGCGCGUGCUCAGAUGCGAUGCCCCUGUAUGAUGUUUCCAUAGCAAGGUGUCAGCGGUGGGAUUAGUGGACACCUAAACCUGAAAAGUCGCUGAUGUUUGCAUGAACAGACGAUACACCAAGGAGCCUGAAAUUGAGAAAUCUGAGGACAGAAGAGGCUAAUUGGGGUUGGAGGGAAGGAGAGAGAAAGAGAGAGGGAGAAAGGAAACAAGGCCAGAGAAUGUGCAGAGAAGAUGAGAAGCCCCCUCAUCAUCAUGCAGUGACCUACUGAACAGGGGCUGCUGAACGACAUCACUCCUUCUAAGGUCACUGGAGUGGGAUGGUCAAGGGAAAGAAAGAAGGGAUGGCUUGAAGGAACGGGUGGGGAAGACAGAUGGUGAUCACACCUCAUCGAGGGUGGUAGUGGUGGCAUCAGUUGGGCACGUCUCCAGAUCUGCUGUGCCGCCAGCAUGUUAAGCUCCAUGAGCCACCGGGCCCGCUCUCUCCUCUCCCUCUCACUCACCACGCUCGCCCUCACCUUCUCCAUUUUGGCCUUCACCACCAGCUACUGGUGCGAGGGUACCCACAAGGUGGUCAAACCCUUGUGUCUGUCUCCAAUCAAGAUGAAGAACUGUGCAACCAACUACAGCGAUAUGUUGACCUCAUUGGCAGCCACUGGAUUUGGGCAAAUGACACUGGAAUCUGCAGAAAAUUCCAAUAAAACGAUGAUACAGCGACUGGAGGACAUCAAGCGGCAGGGGCAGCUGGCCAACGCGGUGCACUACAUCUGGGAGACGGGCGAGGAUAAGUUCACCUUUCGCUACUUCCACACCGGCUUUUGGCUGUCCUGUGAAAGACACCAUGAUGGAGAAAAAUGCCGCAGCUUCAUUGAGCUGACGCCAGCCUCGGAACAAGGGGUCCUCUGGCUCUCGGUCAUUUCGGAAUUCCUCUACAUCUCGCUGCUCUCCGUCGGCUUCCUUUUGAUGUGGCUGGAGGUGCUCUGCUCCCAGAAUAAGAUGAACCGACUGAAGAUCAACGCCUUUGCUGCCGUCUUCACCGUCCUCUCCGGCUUGCUGGGAAUGGUGGCUCACAUGAUGUACACAACCGUAUUCCAAGUGACCGUCAGCCUCGGACCUAAAGACUGGAGGCCACAGAGCUGGGACUAUGGGUGGUCAUUUGCAUUGGCCUGGCUGUCAUUCAGCUGCUGCAUGGCCGCCGCAGUCCUCACCCUGAACUCCUACACCAAGACGGCUCUGGAGCUCACGCACAGGCAGAGGCUGCGUAUUGAGGAAGGCAGGAGCAGCCACGUCCCUUCUUAUGAUGACAUCGUGUUGGCGGACGUGGAAGCUGGCACCGUGGCGCUGGGCGCCGUGUCACAGUCCAUAUACUCGGUCACUGCUCUGCUGCAGCACAAGGACACGCGGAGUGACAAUGGCAAAGCUGCGGCGGUGCGGCACCCUCCCCUCGAUGUCAAGCAAGCACCUCGCACGUGGGCCCCGCAGGGGGAGCGGCCCAUUGUAUUUACGGAGGUACCCAGAGUGCCAGCGGUGGAAUGUGAGGACUGCGAGCUUGAAAGAGAAAAGGAGAACGCGGCCGAGAAAGAACUACUGUGUUGAAACGUUGAGGGUGACGUGAGGCUAGGAAAAUCAAAAUGAGGUGGGACCGUAAGUCCGUGAAAACUCCUGGAAUGGGAUUCCAGAGCGAGACGGGAUGGACCGCUAGCACUGGUGUGGAACAAUUAGAGGCAUUAAAGUUCUUCUUCUUUACUAUUAAAGUUCUUGUGAAACUAGUCGCAAGGAGACCGGCAUUAAAACAAGGGCUUCUCUGAGGCCUAACUCGACUUCUGUCUAAUUUAUAUACAGUAGUGCCCUUCGCCAUCAGUUCUCAUCAGACUGUCAACAUCGGACCAACCAAACAGAAACACAAAUCCAGAAUGUGAUGAGCUUUGAGGAUAAAUCAAGAGAGGAAAACGAGGACUCUGGUGUAUUGGCAGUUAGGGAGAACAUUCACCUAACGUCACAAGGGAUGGGGACUGGCGGCUCUAUUGUAAUAUCACGUCACGUAAAGGGAGACAUUUUAAAGUUGGACCGGACAUGCAGAAGAACCCUGAAGAGAUAAGAUGGGUGGUCUACACUGUGGACCAGGUCUCACAUACCUGCUAGACAAUUCUUCCUGGCAUCAGCACCAGAAGCCCAAACGCUGUUGGCCACCACUCUGCUGUUUGGAUAGCAGUGACUGUUUAGAGUGUUAAGUGAAGACGAGAUAAACGAUUGUACAGAAUGUACCGUUGUGCUUGAAAGUUUGGGAACCCUUUCGAAGUUUCUAUAUUUCUACAUAAAU